AUGAAUAGUGGAUAUGAUAGUCUUAGAGGCAGUAGCAGGAGCUCUAGAGACUCACAUAGAUCACCAGCAGUCAAUUCAAAUACAUCAGCGUCUAUAUUCUCACCAAUUGAUUCAUUGACAAACUUGUUCAGAUCGAAUAAUAAUCUGGUGCCACCUCUAAAUACAUCACAGCAGCAUCAGCCACACUCACCAUUGUCAUCGCCAAACUCUAGCUUUGGUCAUAUACAGGCGCCACAUUCACCUCGCGGCGGCAGCUUCAAUGCCUCGGCCAACAACGCAUCAUCAUCAUCGCCACACUCCUCCACCAAAUACAACAACGACAACUAUGCCAACCUGCUGGCGGCGUCCAAUCGCACCGACUUUGUCAUCUUCUCAGAGUUUAGCGAGCAGACGGGACCGGUGGCGCUCAACGUCAUCCCCGAGCAUGUGCCCCUGUACGAGGGCUUUGACAUUUCCAAGUACGUCGUCAAGAUCAUGUCGGUGGACUUCCAGAACAAGACAAACGACCUGCGCACCUACACCAAGGACUCACAGAUGUUCUUCACACUGACUUCGAUCGAGCCAAGCCAAGAGCUGUACGCCUACGUGCAUCACUUCUCACUGUUUGACAUCAAUGCCCGUGGAUACGUGCGUCCACUAGUCAUUAGCUAUGUGACACGCGACGCCAACAAGAUCAUCAAGUCAUUCGAUCGCUUCCUGGCCAAGUUCACAUCGAUCGUUAACUUCCUCAAGUCCAAGAACCACGUCAUGUUCGAAACAGAGUUUAGACAGCGCAUGUGCGACCUUGACUACAGUCUCAAGUACUACAAGUCUGAUGAAGCAGCAGGUCUCACUGAUAGAGAGAGGGAGAUGAAUAUCACAAUUGUUUCGGACUCAAAGUAUGAACUGCGAGGCAUCGAGGCACUGUUUGAGAGGGAGAGAAGCAGUAGAGUGAUUGUAGCAUCGUCUACGACCAAUGGAGUCGACGGUAGUGCUGGUCCGGAUAGAGACAGAGAUAGAGACAGCUCACUGAGCAGCAGUGGACAGGUGUAUAGGAGGAAGAAACAACACUCUGGAUUGAAGAUCAAGAAACAUGGCGCACUUCCACACUGUCUCGAGUCAUCAUUUGGCAUGGUCUACAUCAAUGACAUUGCGCCCACUUGCAGUGAGCCCAAGUUACUGGACUCAUUGAACAAGACAUCACAUCUAGACAAGCCACUUCGCGAGAUUCCCGAACUCUGUUGUCAGGACAUCUUUGACAAGUUUAUCUCCAAGUUGGAGAAGUGUCACAGCUACUUCUCAAAGUCAUCAAUCCAGUUGGAGUUUGAUCACAUUGAUUCACAGUCAUUAUUUCCAACAAGUACAUUACUAUCAAUUGGACAGACAUCAAUACUCAACUUCUAUUUCAAAGAGGAUGAUGUCAACAACAAGCAACACUACCCAAGAUCACAGAGGAGAGAUAUCAAGCCCAAGAAUCAUCGAUCCAAAAUCCAACUUGAUUCAUCCUCUGGAUCAGAGUCCAGCUCAUACCUCUCAGUCUUCUCCUAUGGAUCAAUUAAUGACGCACUUGAAGAGCUGUCACUAUCACCAUCGGACUAUUUAAAGCUAUCGAACAACAACUUUAUUAACAACUAUACUUCAAACUCACAAACUCAGUCGCCAGCAGCACCAACUGCACAUCAGAAUGGUGUUGUUGGACCAGCGUCACAACAUUCAAACUCUCCCACGACUACUACUACUACUACUACAACCAACAACAACGGCAACAACACACAGACCUCAACGAACGAGCAGAUCCCAACAAUAACAACAACACAACCAAUGGUACCAAUUAACGAGAUCAAACUUGAGACCUUCUCCAAGUACCUAUGGGGCAUCAAACCGCAUUAUGGCCACGGUCUGCUCAGGAUGGCCACAAAGUACAUAUGGAUGAGACAUGCCAUUUACUCGUUGCUCAAGGGUCGUCCUGUACUUGUCUUGGCCUCACAGGACAAGUAUCAACUUAUGAUCGACAUGGUCAUAGCGCUGAGCAUCUUUGUCAUUGGAUCACGCCAGAACAACAGUCGCGAUCCAAUCGAUCUUCACCGAGACAAUCCAAUCACACUGGCAGACCUCUCAUGGCUCAAGCUUGCCGGUGUGCCCAAGACUCCACACUUCAAGAUACCCACCAAUGUCAAUUGCUACAUCAGCAAGAUUGACUUGGACACAGAGGAAUACACUGGACCAUCUUAUCAACAGACACCUGGACUUAUUGAUGAGAUGUUGGGCUUGAAGAGACAGUGGGUCGACAAUGAGGGCGUCUAUCUCAGUCAUGUACUGAACACCUUCUUCGAGCUCUCCAUCAAGAGUUUCUCAUACUACCAUCUGUGCUGCGCCCACUCUCAUCCACUCAGGAGCGACUGCCAUCCAUUCAUCUCAUCGCUCAUUGGAGCCAUUGCACCACUGUCCUACUCCACGUCUGAGCUGCCAUCGCUCACACACUCGGGCAUCUCAAUGACGCCGCCCGACGCCGACCGACCGGCCUCCGACCUGAAGUCCUCUACAUUCACUCUGCGCAAAAGGCCACCAAUCAUGCCCAUCAAGUUCAGGUCAAUGUCCGAGUCGCAACUCACACCGCCCGAGUGUGGGCAGGCUGUUGAUGGCCUGUCAGCCACACUCAAGUCCUCGCAGAACAGCAACAGUAACAGUGCCAGCGAUACAAGCAACAGCAAUAGCAUGAGCAGUCCACUCGCUCAGACAGCGAUCAAGUCAUCUUUGGGUGUCCCGGCAAUAGUGGCAAAUGGCAAGAGGUCUUCAUUGGACAGCUUCAGCUGUUGUCCAAAGACCUUGUUCAAGCGAUGGGAGCUAAGCGCACACGAUCAGACCAUCAUUGAGUUCCUGGCCGAGGUGAUCAAAGAGCAACAAUACUUUGAGUUAUACACUGCCAAGGGUCAGGACAUUGCGCCCAUCAUCAAGCUGGACUUCUCUCCAGUUGUACAUCUAAAGAAUAAACGGUAG